AUGUCGGCCGAUUUCUGGGCUAGCUAUUUCUCUGGCGCCAUUGGGAUACUAAUCGGCAAUCGUCUGGAUGUCUUGAAAGUGAGAGCACAAGCCAGUACAAAUACAGGUGACGCCGUCUCUGUCAGGACCCGGGAGCCUGAGAAUGCGGUCAAGAGAUUCACAGCAUUAUUCAGAGGCGCGGCGGCUCCCAUCCUUGGUUAUGGCGCAUUAAACUCGAUCUUGUUCUUGUCUUUCAAUCGAUCCCUCAGUUUGAUGGACCCAGGUAUAUUUGACUAUACGAAGCUGGCUGGGGUGGACUUGAGUAAGAUCUGGGUCGCUGGGGCAAUCGGCGGACUGGCCACGUUCGUGGUCUCAGCUCCGUCUGAGCUCAUAAAAUGUAGGGCUCAGCUGGUUAUCGACGGACAAGGGUCUUCCUACCAUGUGUUGAAGGAUGUCUGGAAGCACGGCGGGAUACGCGGGCUCUACUACGGAGGGACAAUCACUGCAUUUAGAGAUUCGUUCGGAUAUGGUUGGUAUUUCUGGUCCUACGAGCUGACCAAGCGCCUGCUUCUCUCAAGACAAGCCGAUCCAUUCGUCUCUCCUACUGCUGCCGACGUCCUAAUCAGUGGAGGUAUUGCCGGAGUUGUUACCUGGGUGUCCAUCUAUCCUCUGGACGUCAUCAAGACUCGUCUGCAAACACAGCCUUCUUGGACGGUCGAACGCCAGCGACUCCUACCUGGGAGCGAGAUGGCGGCUCAUCGAGAGCAGUCUUCACUGGCUAUUGCUCGUCAAGUAUGGCGGAGCUCCGGCAUUGGAGGUUUCUAUCGUGGUGUAGGCAUCUGCAGCUUGAGGGCUUUCAUCGUGAAUGCUGUUCAGGUACGUCAUCGCACCUGCUGUCGAUGCAUUUACCAAUAA